AUGUCGAUUCUGGUCGCGGAAGUUUUGGGUUCCGAAGUGAUAGUACUGGGAUCCAAAGAUUUUGAUAAAAGAAUUGAAACCGGAAGAUGGUGGGAUGAUUUAAAAUCUGUAACAAUCAAAAGGUUCGUCAAAUUCUACGCACCAUGGUGUCAUCAUUGUAAAAAUCUAGCACCUACCUGGAUAAAAUUAGCCGAAGAACAAGGCGAAUAUCUCGGCACUAAAGAAUUUUAUAUUGCUGAUGUUGAUUGUACACUUAAUGGAGAUGUUUGUGAUAGAAAUGGUGUACAAGGUUAUCCAUCAUUAUUUCUAUUUGAUAAUGGAAAAAAAAUUAAAUCAUAUAAUGAAAAUCGAAGUUUAGGAAAUUUGAUAAAGUUUAGUAAAGCAAAAGCCGAGGAACUUUAUACCGAACCCGAACCCGAACCACCGGAGAAUGUUGUCGUCCCUGAAGAGGAUAUUGAAAUAGAUCUUAAGACUCAUGAGAUUGAUAAUUCUCUAGUAUUACCUAAUCCGACUGGAACAGUUAUUACGCUUACCAAUAGUAAUUUUGAUGAUUUAAUAGGUUCUGGAAUAUGGUUUAUUAAAUUUUAUGCUCCUUGGUGUGGUCAUUGUAAAAAAUUGGCUCCCACCUGGGAAGAAUUGGGUAAAGUAUUGAAAAACAAAGUAAAUGUUGGUGAAGUAGAUUGUACUACUACUCAAGAUUUAUGUAAAAGAUUUAGAAUAGAAGGAUAUCCAACUUUGAAAUUGUUUCAGAGUGCUGACGAUAAAAUUGAUUACAAAGGAUCACGAAAAUUACAAAGUUUACAGGAAUUCGCCGAGAAAGUUACAACUGUUCGAAUAACUGAAAUUACUGCCGAAGAUCUUGAGGAAGUCAAAAAGAAUAAUGAUGUUUUCUUUAUUUAUUAUCAUGAUAAUUCAACACCUUAUAAAAUUAUGCGUACUAUGAAAAUAUUAUCUCGAUACUUCUUCACGGUAAAAUUCUACUCUAGUAAAGAUAAAAACCUAAAAUCCACGUUAAAGAUUGACAAAGUUCCCACAUUGGUGGCCAUGAAAGAUGGUAUUUAUCCUGCUUCAUCUAUCGAAGAUUUCAAUGAUCGUUUGGAACUUAAGGAUUGGAUUCAAACGGAAAAAUAUCCUCUUGUUCCCGCCGUGACUUCAGAAAAUUAUGAAGAUAUUUUGAGUGGUACUAGAUUAGUAGUUUUAGGUAUAUUAGAUCCUAAUCAACCUCAAACUUUUGUUACAAAUCAAAAUUUGAUGAAGGAAGUUGCCAAAAUUUAUCAUCAACAAGCCAAAGAACGUUUAUCAGGAGAUGAUAAACAUGUCAUUUUUGCUUGGUUGGAUGGUAAUAAAUGGUCCGAUUAUGUUUAUGGUGUUUAUGGAUUGAGUCAAAAUGAUUUACCAAAAGUAAUAAUUUCAGAUCCAACGGAAAAUAAAUAUUAUGAUACUUCAAGAACAGGAGAAAAGAUCUCAUUUGAAAAUAAAAAACAACUUCUUGAAUCUAUUUACGAUUCUAAGACUGGAUAUCUCACCGGCAAGAGUACUCUUGGAAUUAUAGAAAAGACAUUUGAUGAAACAAUAUUUAAUCAUCCCCUUAUUUCUUUAUCAUUCUUUGUAUUGAUUGGUGGUAUAUUGUGGAGAUAUUGUUCCCCAUUAACUAGAUCUGAUUACGAAAGAGAUUAUGAUAAGUUUGAAUAA